AUGGCAAUGAUUUUAGAUGCCUUUGUAGGAAGAUACAUUGGCAAGCUUUCUGAAGUUAUAGAGGGAGAGAUAUCCACGAUCCUAGGCGUGAAGGGCGAGCUCACGAGGCUUUCGGAAAUAAUGAAGAGUAUAAAAGACUAUCUUGAAGCUGCAGAGAAGAGGAGGCAUACGGACGAGACUAUCGGUAUUUGGGUGAAGAAGUUGAAAGAUGUCAUGUAUGAUGCGGACGAUAUCAUCGACCUUUGUAUCAUCAAGGGCGGGAGAUUGUUGGAAGAUCAUCCGUCCGAAUCAGCGGUACGCCAUCACUUUUCUUUAUGUUCUUGCUUUAGCUGCAUCAAGUUCCGCUAUGAAAUUGGUGGCAAAAUUAGAAAACUUAAUAAUAGGCUGAACAUGACUCUAGAGGAUCAAUCAAAAUUGUCUUCGCUAGAACGUAUUAGGCAUGAUGAUGUUCGAGUGGGUGGAGUAAAUCAUCGGCAAACUUCUCCUGAUGUGGUCACGAAGUCCAGGAUUGUGGGGGCACAAAUUGAAGAGGAUACCAAGAGUCUUGGAGAAUAUAAGGAAGAUGAAACUAAGGCAGAGCUCCUAUCCCGUCUUUCCCCCUUACUUUCCAAAAGAUUCUUUAUUGUAUUGGAUGAUGUAUGGAACGCAGAUUUAUGGGAGGAUUUGCUUAGAAAUUCUUUUGAACGUGCAACUGCUAGUGGCAGGAUUGUGGUUACCACUCGUCAUACGAAUGUGGUUGGAAGUAUGAGAGGAGAUGGAAAUACGGAAGCAGAUAUCCAUCAUGUUAAAAAAAUGGAUAAUGAGAGUGGCUGGGAAAUGCUACGUAAAAGAAUUUUUGGAGAUGAUGUUGUUGAGGAGGUGAUCUCUGAUUUAAAAGAAGUUGGAGUUAAAAUUAUUGAAAAAUGUGACGGUCUUCCUCUUGCGAUCAAGACUAUCGCAGGGGUUUUGAGUUCGAAGGAGAAAACCAACACGGAGUGGAGCAAGGUUCUCAAAGGUGAUGCAUGGUCUAUGAACCAACUUGACAAAGAGCUCCCAGGAGCUUUAUUUUUGAGUUAUGAUGAUUUAUCUUCCGAUCUCAAACAGUGCUUUCUUUAUUGCUCCUUAUUUCCUGAGGAUUGUACGAUGGAUCCGGAUGAUCUCAUUCGUUACUGGGUGGCCGAAGGUUUUGUGAAAACAGCAGAAGGAGAUGAUCUUAUGGAAGAUGUAGCAGAGGAUUACUAUAGGGAGUUAAUUACGAGGAACCUUUUACAGCCAUGUGACAUUUUUGGUGAAUUGAGUGACCUAGCUGGCAAUUACUGCAGGAUGCAUGAUCUGCUACGUUCCCUUGCUCUCUUUUUCACACGGGAUGAAAGCAUUUGUAUUGACAAGGAGCAACCACGUAACAUAAACCCCUCGACUAAAAUUCGUCGCUUGUCGAUAGUGAACAUUGGGGAGAAAGUGGAAGUUCCUAAUAUAAUAAUACAGCAAAAGUGCUUGCGGACUCUUAUUAUGUGGGGGAACUGGAAGAGUUUUUUAUUUUUUGAUUCUGAAAGUUACUGGAGGAGUGAUAAAACAACGAUGGUCGAGAAUGAACUUUUUAAAAAAUUGAGGUUUCUGCGAGUCAUGGACCUAAGCAAAACAGAACUUGAGAGCCUCCCAGACUCCGUAGGAGAUCUUUUGCACCUGAGAUAUCUAGAUUUUGAUCGGACGAAAAUCAAGAAAUUGCCCGAGUCCAUCGGAUGCCUCGUAAAUCUACAGACAUUGAACCUGUCAGGUUGUGAACUCUUGCAUACUCUCCCCAAGGCCAUCACAAAAUUGUGCAAUCUAAGAUGCCUUCGUCUUGAAGGAACAUCAUUAACUCAUGUGCCAAAGGGAGUAGGCGAAUUAAAACACCUGAACCAUCUUCAAGGAUUGGUGAUGGGCCAUGAUGAUAGAAGAGAUGAUGAGGGGUGUGAUUUGAAGGAGCUACAAUCUCUAUGCCAGCUGAGAUUCCUGGAGAUAAACAGAUUGGAGAGGACAGAACCAGCGGGAGCUCCGGUACUUGGAAACAGCCGCUUUCUGAGGACACUGAUUUUGAAUUGCAAAGAACAGGAAGAUGACGCAGAAGCAACCGCAAUCCAGAAAAUUGACACCAUUUACAAUGACCUGUCUCCUCAAUCCACCCACCUACGCAGACUUGAGAUCAAUGACUUCUUUGACAUGAAUUUCUUGGCCCCCGUGCAUCGUUAG